AUGUCCUCACAAAUAGAAAACGAACAUCGUCCAUGGACAAGUUUACAAUCAAAUGUAAUCGAUACUAUAACAUCUUAUUCAAAAUCAUCAAAUAAUAUAAUUGCAAAUGUUCAUUGUUUAUUUUUUGAUCCAAUACCACGUACAAAUGUUGAUGAAAAUUUUCCAACUGAAAUUAAAUUAAAUAUUUAUUCUGAUGAUACAAUAUUACGUAUACUUGAACGUUUAUCAUAUGAAAUUCGUAUACCAAUUGAUAAAUUUGAAUUAUAUAGAAAACAACAAUGUUUAAAUUUAAAAAUAAAAAUUUUACCUAAUUUUAUAAAUAAUGAAAAACUUUUUAUUAUUCAAUCAACAUAUAAUGAUAGAAAAUGUUAUCAACAAUAUAUUGAAAAUAAAUUAAUGAAUAAAAUUAAAGAAUUUUAUAAUGAAAAUGAUUCAAUAAAAACAAAUCAAGAAAUAUAUUUAAAUACAUUUAAUUUAAAUGAAAAAUUUUUAUUUAAUAUUAAUCAUAUAUCAAGUAGUCAAUGGAGAACAUGUUUAAAUGAACGAAAUCAAUUAGAAAAUAAACAAGAUAAUUUAUUAUUUUAUAAAGAUUUUAUUGAUGAAAGUAAAAAGAAAACAUUAAAAUUACUUAUGAAUUAUUCAAAAGCUAAUACUGAAGAAUGGCAAUAUGCAUCAUAUAUAGAUGGUAUAUAUUUUUCAUCAAUUGAUCUUAAACAUGAAGAUAGUGAUAUACUUUCUCAAGCUAAUAUUAAUGUUCGUAUUUAUUCACCAUAUAUAAUAGGAAAUUCAAUUGAUUUUUAUAUUAAUUAUAAUAAUAUAAAUCCAAAUAAAUAUUUAUUUCGUAUUGAAUAUAAUUUAAAUACAAUACAUACACGUCAUCAAACAUCAUUAAUAUUUAAAAGUCGAAUUGAUCGAAAAAAAACUAUAUUUUUAAAUAUAGAAAAAAAUUUAUUUGAAAUAUUAAAUAAAAUUAAUUUAGAUCAAAUACGUUUACAUUUAUUAAAUAAUGAAAAUAUAAAUAAAAAUUUUUUAUUAAAUGAUUAUGAAUUAUUUCAAUUAAUAUUAUCAUCAAUUAGUAUUGAAAUUUUACAUUAUAAUAAUCAAAAUUGUUUUUGGCAAAUAUAUGAAUUAGGACGAGAAAAAUUUCCUGAAUUAACAAUUAUUAAAAUACAUAAUCAAAUAACAACAUUAAAAAAUAAAGAAAAAACAAAUUUAAAUGAUAAUAUUGAAAAAGAAAAUAUUUGUUAA